AUGGCCGAACACCUAAGCAAAAAGGAACGAAGAAAAAGUCUGAGCGUCUUCAGCCCGUCCUUGACAUCUGCCACCCUUCGACCGAAUCUUCAUGAUCGUACCCCGUCCGAUGAUACCUGUACCAGAGAGAAGAAAGGACGGCGCAAUUCUGGGUUCUUUGGCCGGUCCCAAAGCCCGAGUAGAUGGACAAGCGGGGGCAAUGUCCUGCGUCGACCUGGCACUGCGGGUUCCGACACCGUGGCCUGGUCCGCAGCCAUGUCGGCGUCAACAAUGCCCGUUGAGAACUCUCGUCCUCGCCGAAAGUCAUUGCAAAAGAAACGGACUUCAGUGCUUGGCUCCUUGAGGUCACUGCACUCGUGGGAAGACGAUGACCCAUUAAGCGCUUCUGUUGCCUCGAUGGGUGAUGAGCAAAGCACGACUAAUGCUAGUCCCCGAAAUGGGAUCUGGUCUUCUGCGAUCCUUCACCAUGGCGAAAUUCAGACGACUGGCGGCAUGUGGAAGAGAAAGAGCCAAUAUCUUGUGCUCACCGACACACAUCUAGUGCGCUUCAAGAACCAGGCCAAGGCCGCAGACACUUUUCCUUCAAUCCCUCAUUCUUAUAACGUCCGUGUUCCAGCCUCACACCGCCAAUCGGUGGCUUCAAUAAGUUCGCUGCAGGACAUGCAGUUGCUAGUCUCCAACGAGGUUUCCUCGGGUAUCCCGCUAAAUAGUAUCAUUGCAGUCUACAUGUUGGAAGACGGGAGGUUAUCACCCACUGUCGAGCUCGCCUACUUGGACGAACGCACUCAUAAAGCUGCUUUGGUUCAAAUGCAGACUUCGGACCUUCAAGAGCUUAACCUUUGGAUGGUAGGAAUUCGUCAGGCAGCGCAGAUGGCGCGGUCAAAUGACCCUCUGCCUUUCGAUCGUGGCUCCGUCGACUAUGUCACGCGCAUGCUAGAGCAUGAACGAGACUAUGAUCCGGACUCCUUCCAAAUGUUUCGGGUGAUCCAGAUUGCAUCUAGCAAAUCCCCCACCCGCUCUUCUUCUGAGGACCUCACAAAACUUUCUCCGACCGGCUGCUAUCUUGCCAUUGGCCUGCACAAGCUCCAUUUGAUCCCCAUGCAGAAAGCCGCCAAUCGUUCCUCCGUGGUAUCAUUGUCUGACUUGGAGACAGCCGGCUCAUUCGGCCUGAUGAAUCUAAUUGGGCUCUCGAUGGAAUACGGCGAUGAUAGUCUGCAUUUGACUUUCAGGGUCCCAUUGCGGAAAUCAUUCAACGUUUUCUUGGCCUCUGUACAUUCGGUAGAGGUCGCCUGCUGGAUCCGACAGCAUACCGAGUUUCUGCGUCCGCUCUGGACAAGGCAGCCCUAUGAUUUUGUUGUUCCACCGGAACUACACAACGAUGAGAACUUCCUGCCUGUCGCUUUAGAUGAAGAUUAUGGUUGCUUUGAUCGCACAUUGGUUGCCUACUCCGCAAGCUACGACGUUGACACUUCGAACAUUCGGUACACAAUUGAUUUGGAAUGUGAGGAUGCCCCGUGCUUUCGCCUGCUCCGUCCGGCUUCUCCAAGAACUUCGCGAUAUAGUGCGUUGGAACUUAUCGCGGUCAUGCGAGCCCUUCGAUACAAUGAGUCCUUUCAGUCUAUUUCAUUCCGCGGCAUCAAUCUAGACGCCCUACAGGGUCUCCGUGAUGUACAUGGGGUUGAUCCAGAUGUUCAUCUCGAUAGAUCUGGGUGUCUCGUGAAUAUUCCUGGUCAAGCUAACUUGACUGUCCUUUCACAAGAGGUGCGCGCGUUAGCCUUGAAAAGCAGUUGGCUGCGCCGACUUGACUUUGCUUUCUGUUUGACGCGCACACCAACAUUGGACAAGGGUAGUCGAGAUCCAGGUUGCGGGAUCCCCGAGGCUAUUUUCCCGAUCUGUCGUCGACAAUUAACUUCUGUUGACUGGGUGGUGCUUAACGGUAUCAAACUGGGCGAGUCAGACUUGGAUUACCUGGUGGAUGCGGCGUCACAAACGCAAAGCCAUCUCCGUGCACUAGAAGUUGGUGAUUGCGGUCUCUCUGUGCAUGAUUUGGACCUGCUGCUGUCUACUCUUGUUGCCCAAGAGUCUACGCUUGAGGCAAUCAAUAUUUCAGGUGUACAGGGUCGCUUGAGCCCUGAUGUUCUCCAGCAGUAUAUCGGCUAUUUUUGUCAUAUCCGCAAGAUUAACCUGUCCCGCAUCUCACGUACAUCAGGCUCAGAACCGCUGAUCACAGCAGAAAUGUUGUUCAACUGGCCGCUCGAAGAGCUUAUUCUAAGCCGCACAGCUGUCAAUUCCGAGACUGUGGACUCGAUUGCGACCUACCUGGCCAGUGACCGCUCUCGCAACCUUCGCAUGCUUCGACUUGACCAGUGCGGUUUGAGUGGAGAGGAUGUUGCUAUGUUCAUGCAUUCCAUGUCCGCUGGACCGGACGCUCCACGCAGCUUGCAUUUGCAUGUCAACGAAAACCGCUUGGAUAACGGAUGUUCGUUCCUUUUUGAUGCCAUUGCCAAGAACCUGACUCCCUCGCACCUUUCUAUGCAGAUGAUCGACUUCAAGAAAGAAGAGCAUUUCCGACAAUUGGUGGACUCGCUCCGCAAGAAUAGCACUCUUCGAUAUUUGGAUAUCUCCAAAGCUUCUCUUCCGUAUGACGCCGGACCGGAGACCUGCCGCAUGCUCCAACUGAUGUUUGAGGAGAACGAGACGCUCGAAGCCCUUGAUAUCAGCGGAGAAAACGCACAUCUAGAUGUUGCCCGAUUUGGUAUUGGUCUCAACCUGGCAUUGACUGGCUUGAAGAAGAAUACCUCUCUCAAAGUGCUGAGAAUUGAACAUCAGAAGCUUGGUCUCCAGGGUGCGAACACAUUGGCCUCUGUUUUAGAGGAAAACGAAUCGCUUCGCGAGGUUCAUUGCGAGAACAAUGAUAUCAACCUCCAAUCAUUUACUGUAUUGGUUAACGGUCUGCAGUGUAACCGUACUCUACUGAGUCUUUCUUGCAUGGAUCGAGAUCGUGCGCUCUCGCUUCAAAAGGUGCGCCGUGAGGUUGACAAUGUUCGGUGGGAUGCAAGCACUGUCCAAAGCUCAACCGCAAAUUCGAUCCGUCGGUCUUUGCAAGCUGCUAUGAGUGUCAGACCCAGCCACCGAUUGACCAAACCGCCACCUUCUGCUGCCUCUUCUCACUUGGAAGCCUCGCCCGCAUUCACGAGCCACAAUGUUGAUUUGGUCUUGCAAUCGUUGCAACAGAAAUGGGACUUGGAAGUUAGUCGUCUGCAGCGGUAUCUUCUUCGAAAUUACAACCUCACUCACUCUCUCGUUGAUGAGUAUGACGACAGUGCUAGUGAUGGUCGACCUGCAACCGCCGCUAGCCUGGGUACUAUGCUUGAAAAUUUGAAAUUCGAUGUUGCUGUCUCUGCAGAUGAAGUUCAUGCGUCUCCUCCAGAGGAGUCUACGCCAUCGAUCCACCUUGCUACUCGAACAGAGUCAAAUGAGAGUGAGCCAGUGCAAAUUCAAAUUGAGCCGAAGGCAGCUCGUAAAAAGAGCGAGUCCAAUCUACGCCCCCAGACUGCCCGCGCCGCACAGAUUUUUCCUCCAGAGUACAGUUUCUCGAGUCCCUCUGCUCGCCUUGCUCUGCCCGUUCCAGCCGUGCCUUCAGCAGUCAGGAAAGCAAGUAGUGUUCGCAGUGCACGCAGUUCAAGCAGUGUGUCUACCGGGAACACUAGUGCGCGGAGUGCCUACGGUGUGGCUUCAUCCACGCUGCGAGGCAUUCUUACCGGCAGUGCACUGAGGGACCGACGACGAGUGGACUCGAUUCGCCCUGUCUGCGUCUCAAACGACAAUCCUCCGCAGCUGGACUGGGCGCCACCAAAGCUGGAUCUGCAAGAGCUGCAAUAG